UCCGACGAGGUCACUCGCGGUUGCCAUUAAAUUUGAGAGGAAGAGUAGAGGAAAUUGUGAACGCAAGAUGUAGUGAGCAAGAUGAGCAAGAUGUACGUCGCACCACGCCAUUACAGUCGUGGUGAAUAUGCACGGAGUCAAACGUUGAAUUACAUGAACAGUGAACCUGCUUAAAUGCUACGUGCAGCUGUGAAGACAUGAUACCUAAACAUCACCAGUGUGCCAACUGUCCUUUUCGGGUGCCCCUUGGUGCGAGAGCAUGGGGUGCAGGUGAGGCUCUUCCCCCUAACCGGUGCUGCAGACAGCUACUUUGCUUGUUCAGCCUGCUUCUUGUGCUUGUCUUCGUCCUCAUCGGCUCCGGCUACCUCGUCCCGUUUUACCCGGAUCUCGUCGCCGCGACGUCUCAUGGAGACGCCGCGGCAUUUCGCAAGCAGUGGAAGAUCGAGAGUCUUGUGGAUGUUGGCGUGGAGCCCGGCAGGUUGGCCCUCGCGGCUCACCUCUUCAAUGAUGAGCCCGUCUGGGACCCUGAAGAGUUGGGCGACAUUUCGCCGAGCACGCCCCGCUGCGCGCCGCGCACGCUCGCGCUCAUCCUCGUCACGUCGGCGACAGCGAACGCACGGCGGCGGCGCGCGAUACGCGAGUCGUGGGCGAAGGUCGGCGAGCCGGCAAUCAAGGUCGUCUUCCUCGUCGGCGUCACGAGCGAUCGCGACGUUGCCGCCGCCGUCGCCGCGGAGCGCAGUCGCCACAACGACCUGCUGCUCGGACGCUACGCGGAUACGUACCGUAAUCUGACGCUGAAGGUGCUGCACGGGAUGGCGUGGGCGGCGGCUGCGUGCCGGCCCGACUACCUGCUGAAGACGGACGACGACUGCUUCGUGAACGUGCCCGUGCUGCGCACGCUGCUCGCCGCAUCGCCGCGACGUCGGCUGUACGUCGGCCGCUCGCCGGCAUCGCGCGCCGUCAUUCGCGGCGCCGCGAACAAGUGGCACGUGACGCCGGCGGAGUAUCCGCUGGCGGAGUAUCCGCGCUACGCGAGCGGGACCGGGUACGUGCUGUCGGCGGACGUGCUCCGCGACAUCACGCGUGCAGCUCGGCUCGUGCGGCCGUUCCCGAACGAGGACGCGUUUGUCGGCGUCAUCGCGGCGCGCCUCGGUGUCGCGCCGAUCAACAGCGGCCGUUUCACGAGCUACAGCGCCACCUGGCAGGCGUGCAACUACCACUACAUCUUGCUGAUGCAUACGGUGCCCUGUGAGCUGCAGGCCAAGUGCCUCGAGAUGGCACUCGAGGCACCUAAUCGGUGUCCGAACGGUCGUGUCGUCACCGUGUGGCACUGACGUGUAACGCGUAGGUCGGUUGAGUUGGUGUAAGUAUUGCGGAGUGCCGCUAGAACAGGCCGUGUGCCACUAUGUAAAAUGUCGGGAAAAUUUGCGAUUUCUUGUCGACGUUUUUAUGAAAGUUCUCACUACCAGUAAGCGUUUUAGAUGUAGGGUCUGUCACCAAAAUUAUUUUUCUUAUAUAAAGGAUUCACAUGUAUGUAAGAAUGAUAUUACUUUAAUAGCAGUCUACACAUAACAGUCUACAAUCAGUAAAAUCUGUGUAUAUAUUCUUGAUAGUACUCUAUGUUGAAUACAGCUGAAUUCCAGUUGAUACACUUCCAUAGGAUUAUAGUUACAAUCCUACUUUGUAGAUUUUUUUUAGUCUUAGAUAGACUUUUUGAGACAUGUUCUUAUAAAUGGGCUUCCUAUUUUGGUAUAAGUAGUGGGAUGCACUGAAAUACUGCUUACAGGCUUAGGUCCAGAUUUGACUGGGAGGGUAAUUAGUCUUAAGAAUAGCAACUUCUGUCAUUAUUUCUCAAUUGCAGGAAAAGGGCUAGUUGUUGUUAGUCUAAUAAGAAAUUGGAAGAGGAAGAGGGGUUUGUUCAGCUGCAUCAUAUAUUUUUCAAUACGUUUUUUUAAAAUUCUGCAUGAAAUAUAUAUUUUAGGUGUAUUUCGUAGAGUAUACCUUUUUUGCUCAAUACAUAUUGACAAGAAGCCAAAUACUAAAUUUCAAUACUGGCAGAAGAAAAGUGCCCACCUGUAAGCUUGGCAUGCAGUUUUAUUGAACAGCCGAGAUUUGUAUAUUCAGUGUGAUAUGUUAUAUAUAUCAAUUAAAAAAAUGGAAUGUAUGUUUUUAGAAAGGCUGAAUAUCAUUAUUAGUUACCCAUAAUGUACCACCAUGUAUAUAGGCUUAAGGCCCGUCUCCACACACGCGGCACAACACGACACAGCAAAACGCAGCGCCGUUGUGCUGAAAAAAAUAC